AUGUUUCUAAAUGACGCAAACUGCUCUCAAGGCAAAAUUGGAUCACAAUGCUUAUUUUCCUGCGAAUCUGAUUUGAAUAGUGAUUCUAACUGUACAGGAGCCAAAAUUUGUUACGAAAAUGGUUGCACGUGUGCUCCGGGUGUUUUAGGAGAUGAUUGCCUUGAAUUUUGUGAUACAUAUACAUAUGGUUAUGGUUGCAAAAAGACAUGCGGCAUAUGCUUUGACAAGAAACAAUGUAAUAUAGCAACUGGAGUGUGUAGUAAAGGAAGCGACAAUACUGACAAGAUUAUUUACAUACCACCUUUAUGUCAAACAAAUGUAGACAAGCCCGACAUACCUACUAUUAUUUUCGUGAAUGAGACGACUAUUCACGCCUCUGUUUCUAUAAUAUGGAAAAACGAAUAUGAAAAAUUUACGACUCUUUAUUCUUUUGUUAUUCAAGGACAAAUUAAAUAUGGCCAGCAAUCAUGGACCAAGUUAUUUCGAAAUAUGACACAAUUGACAGAAUAUUUUGUAAAUCUUGAACCUGGUUCUAUUUAUUAUAUCGGUUUCAGCUUAGAUAUUAAUGGCGAGCAAAUACAUAGCAAUUGGGAAACAGUUGAGACUAAGUCUCUUAACUCACGUCAUUUCAGUAAUUACACAGAGACAAUUUUCAACACAUCACAAUCUGAGAUACCAUCAGAAAUAUUUAGUCAGUUGAGAGUACAAGACUGGACAUUGUCAUGGAGUCCGCCCGAAGAUUGUACAACGAUUUCGGGAUCAUUGAAAACCAGAAUAAAAAUACAGGGUGUUAGUGACGCUGUUAAAGAUUACAAUGUAAUCAAAGAGACCAGCUACAAAUCCUUGGAUUUGGCUCAAUUAAGUCCGAAAUUAAACGGUGUUGAGCGAUACUUGGCAACAAUUUACGUAAUAAGAGAUUUCUUGAGCAAAGAAAAUGCUUCCGCUUAUCAGAAAUACGAGUUUGAAACUCCGCCGACAGCUCCGCCUAAAGUAACCAAUUUAGAGGUUGUGGAGAUUGAUACUCGUCAAUUGCCUCCCAUGAUACACUUGAGAUGGCAAAGUCCGCGUCUACCUCUCAAUGGAAAAUUGCGUAAUUAUGUUGUCCAAUUAUGCGAAUCACUUUGCACAAAUAUUACAGUUCAACUCAAUGAGUCUUGUGACUUGUGGGACGAUUAUAUUUGCACAAUUGUUAAAAAAUCGUCCACACUUUUUCAAAGAAUUAAGGUUUUCGCAUACAACAUAAAUGUUACUGAACCAGGUCUUCCGAUGUCUGUGACUGAAGACAUGCAGCGUAACACAAUACUGGACGCGCCGGAGAAUUACACUUUUACGAUCAACAGAAACAGUGUGAUUGAUCUAAAGUGGCUUCAUCCUUGGAGGACAGCUGGUCAUCUUGAAUAUUUUCGCAUUGAAAUACAAGAAACUUCCUCAAAUCUGAGAAUGCGCCUUUCCCGAUCACUCACGAACAAAACACUCAAGUAUCUGGUGACACAAUACAUGCGAAACUACAAUUUGCGAUUGUAUUUGCUCCCGUCAACGCAAUACUUCAUCUCUAUUCAAGCUGUAACAGUUGAAAAUAAAACCAGUCCCAUAAAGUUCGUGGAAAUUCGUACGCCUUCAACAGCAGUUUUCGAUAGUAUUCUAAACGUCAUGGUAGAGAAAUCCAGUUCCACAAUUUUAUUAAAUAUACCGACUGUCUCAAAUGAUACUCAAGACAGCACGAUGCAUAUAAUUGUAAAGGGUUCUAAUCUGUGCGAGAAACAUUUGGAAGUACCUGAAAAACUACGGUUGCAAGCAGGCGUGAAGAUGAAUGAAAACGCUUGGCAAGCUGCUGAAGUUUCUACAAGUGAAAUCGCUGGCGGACAAUUUCGAAUGGGUGACAACAAUAUUUAUGGUAAUGCAAUGAAUUGCCCGUUUAAACUUGAAGAGAUUUAUGAAAUAGUGAUUAUCAUAACCGAACGGAAUUCGCCCAAUGAGCCAAUUGUAUUUGCAAAAUUAGUUUUCGUCGGUGAAGUUCUACCGAAGCAUUACGAAGCAUGGCUCAUACCUGUUGUAUUAAUUUUCGUUGUAGCAGGUGCAGCUUUUUACUUAUAUCGAAGGAAAAUGCAGAAGUUAUCCAAACAGUUAAUGCAAGACAAGAUGAUUUUAUUUCAAAAUAUUGAGAUGCACGAACGCGAAACGAAAUCCGUGUUAUCGAAUUCAAAGCAAGAUCCUUCGACUAAUCCUAAUAAACAUUUCCUAUAUCGAGCAACCACUACGGAAGUAUUGCCGAUCGCUACCGCAAACCACAACGAGGAGAAGAAGGAGAUGACUUCGUUAAUAAAAGUGAAAGAUUUCGAAGAUUACGUCAGACAGGCAAUACAAUCCGGGUUGCUGGAUAAGCAAUACGAGACGUUCCCAAGAGGACAAACUCGAUCGUCGAAUUAUGAUGACAAAACGCGCGUGAUAUUGAAGAAAUUUCCGGAUGACGCUCAUUCUGAUUACAUCAACGCUAAUUACAUCACUGGCUAUAAGAAGGAGAAGCAAUAUAUAGCAACGCAAGGACCCAAAUCUACCACAGUCAUCGAUUUUUGGCGCAUGAUUUGGCAGGAAAACGUUCUUAUUAUUUGCAUGUUGGCAAAUGUGGUCGAAAAUGGAAAAAUUAAGUGUGAGCAAUAUUGGCCGGAUAUUGGGAAGACGAUGAAAUAUGGCGCCAUUAUUGUGCUAAAUAAGAGGCACAAUGUUUUUGCUGAUUAUUGCUUUAGAACUUUCCACGUCACUUAUGGAGAGGAAACUCGACAGAUAGAACAUCUGCAUUAUACGGCUUGGCCAGAUUAUGGUGUGCCAUUGUACACGCACUCCGUAGUUACGUACUUGAAGAAACUCUUGGCGACACCACGUGGAAACGGUCCCGUGGUAGUCCACAGCAGUGCUGAUGUUGGAAGAACCGGGAUCAUCAUUUUAUGUGAUAUUUGUCUCCAUCGAGCAGCGGCAGAAGGA